ACAAAGCAUCACCUUGAUCCUCUUCACCAUGGCAGGUCACGGUCCCUACAAGUUCAUUGAUCCUGCUGUCGAGCGGUUUGACCGAUAUCGUGAAACCAAUUAUCUACGAUUUCGCUGGACGCCAUCCAACAUUCGUGCGGGCGUUUUGGCCGGAAUCGUGUUCCCAACUGCUAUUUACUUGUUGGCCUCGUCAACGGAUUCGCGCUGGAAGUGGGCGGGAGCACUAAAGUCAGAGUCAUUGUCCGUCAAGCCGGAAUGAACAUAAUAUUGGUUGUAGGAACGCAUGAUUACAAGCAAUUAAACUCUCUUGCAAAGUUCU